AUGUCGACACAGUCAGGAAUAACAGUAUCCCACGAACUAGCAGAAACGUUCAAAACCUCGAAGGAGCCACUCGUCAUCAUAACCUCGCCCGAUGCAACUCAAUUGAUCCCAGACUCAGCAUACACGCCACCAACAUCCACUACCCCCCUGGCAAUAUUCGAAUCGCUUCAUGAAUAUCUUUCAUCUAAAUUCCCGCAACCUUCGUACCUCGUGGUACCCCACGCUGAAUCCCAGAUUUUUAUAAGCUUUAUCCCGGACUCGGCACCAAUCAAGCAGAAGAUGUUGUACGCCUCAACGAAAAACACGUUGUUAGCAAGCUUGGGCUCAUACAACUUCAAACAUAGAUUCGCGUGGACGGAGUUGGACGAAGUCAGCCUCGACUAUUUCGAGAAAUGCUUACGUGAAGACGGCCAAGCCGGGCCCAUGAGCAAAGACGAGGAGCUCUUGAACAAGAUCAACCAACAACAACAACAGCAACAUUUCAGCGGGUUUAAGAAAGAGUUGGCGAGCAUGAACACUUCGAAUGACAUAUUGUAUAAAUUCGAUGCACAACUCACACAGGCGCUUUCACAGUUGCGUGACGUGGGCCAAGUUGUGAUUUUCAACAUUGACGUGCCGCGUGAAAUCAUCCCGCUUCAGCAAAGCUUGCACGCGGUCCAACCGGGUGAUCUAAUUGAAACUCUCGCGGCGAACGUGGGCAAGGGGCCCCAGUACAUUAUAUACAAGUAUCAACUGACAAAAUUUGCGUUCAUAUACACGUGUCCGCUGGGAUCGUCGGUUAAGGACAGGAUGGUGUUUGCCGCGUCGAAAAACAGCUUGAUUCAACGUUUGAAGAAUGAGUUUCUGGUGGUGGUGGAUAAGAAUUUGGAAGUUGGCGAUUUGCAAGAGUUGGAUGUGAGUGAGUUGGAUGCGGGAGGUGGAGACGAGGGAGGUGCUGAUGAUUCUGCUUCUUCCUCCGCUUCUUAUACCACUGCUUCGUCUGGUGCGUCUUCAGGUGGUCAGAAUCUUGGUCUUAGGUUUAGCAAGCCAAAGGGACCUCGUCGUAGAUAA